ACGUGUAUUGAAUGUGAUAAAGUGAAUUAGGUCGAGGUAUAAAAACAGGUCAUUGAUGAAUAUUGGUCCGUCGUGAUCAUUUUAACCAGUGGAGCAACAUGCAAGCCUUUCUCACGAUAUUUCUUGCUUUCGUGGCUGUGGAGUGCACGCAGUUUAGGAACAACAAAGUCAUCAGGGUUACUCCACAAAAUGAUGAAGAAGUUGGUCACUUGAAGAAUUUGCAAUCAUCCAAAGAUAUCAAGAUCGAGUUCUGGUCAUGGCCAUCCCAUGCUGGGCACCCUGUGGACAUGCACGUCACAAACGAAGAUUACAAGAGACUGGCGCGAUACUUAAGUCAACGUGGACUGACAUUCACCAUUCAGAUCUUUGAUGUACAAAACCUUGUUGACAGAGAAAAUGCACCGGCGGCUCGGUCUGGAGUCAGUUGGUACAGCAAAUAUCAUCCACUAGAUGAGAUAUACCAAGAACUCAAAACACUGGCUAAUGWAUACUAUCGCAAUGGGAAUGUCCGGGUCUUCACUCUUGGAAAAUCUUACAGACAAAAAGAUCAAAAAGGAAUUAUGAUCAAGGGAAAACGACGAAGCAAUAAGCCUGUGUUCUUCAUGAACUGUGGUAUCCAUGCAAGGGAAUGGGUAUCUCCAGCUACUUGCAUGUACAUCGCCAAACAGCUUUUGUCUAGAUACGGUAAAGAUGCGGACGUCACAGCCAUCCUUGAUAAGAUGGACUUCGUUAUCGUACCAGUAGUGAAUCCAGACGGCUAUAUACACACUUGGGAAAGGUACCGUUUUUGGAGGAAAACUCUUCGUCCCAAUAAGAACACUUGGUGUGUUGGAACUGACCCAAACAGAAAUUGGGAUUUCAAGUGGGGAGCUCCAGGAUCAAGUACCGACCCUUGUGACGAUGCUUAUCGUGGUCCACACGCAUUCUCUGAAAUCGAAACCAAGAAUCUUGCGGACUAUCUGAAGCGUCUUGGAAGCCGUCUGAAGGGAUACAUGGAUAUCCACGCCUACAGCCAGCUGUGGAUGAUUCCUUGGGGAUAUACUAAAGUACCAACAAAAGAUCACGAUGAGCUGAUGCGAGUCAGCAAUAUUGGGGCCUCUGCUAUCCGAAAUGCUGGUUAYAAUACUCAGUACACAGUUGGACCCUCAUCUGUCGUCAUCUACGAGAAUUCUGGCGCGAGCAAAGACUACACCUACGGUGUUCUUGGCAUCAAGUAUUCAUUUGCUUUGGAGCUGAGAGACAAAGGAGCCUAUGGCUUCCUUUUGCCAGCUUCCCAGAUUAUCCCAACAGCAAUGGAAACGUUUGAGGGCAUUAAAGCCGUUGCUAAAGCAAUGAAGGUUUAAAAGCGAAAAGAUAUGGGAACAGAAUAGUAUAAAUAGUAUUGCCAUAGACGAAUAUCAAAACCAUCCUGAGGCGGCCCCAGGGGAAAGCAAAAUUCAAUAAUAUUACGAUACAAUUUGAAGGUUUCCAAAUUUACUUUACCAUGAACUACGGCUCGGAAUUAUUUUGAAAGUGGUCUCUGGUGAUUUCAGAUAUAGACGGAACAGUCAAGCUAGACUCUAAACAAGUGGGAAAAUUAAUAGAAGAAAUGUAUUUUAGUAUUUACRAAAGAACUAGCAUUUACAGACUACGUAAAAAAAUGGAAAUAAACUUCGGCGUGGAAAAUCC